CCGGCCGGCCCGCAGCAGGGCGGCGGCGGCGGCUUCCGGCGAAGCCCUCUCGCCUUCAACAAAGAUGGUGCUCCCCGCGCAGGCUCCGCGGGCGCCCCGUGUAGUUCCCCACUUCCCUCUUGUUGCCAGAUGGAUGCCAGAGACAAGCAGCUUUUACGCUCCCUGCGCCUGGAGCUCUGCACAGAGGUGCUGGUGGAUGGAGUUGUUAUUCAGUAUCUCUACCAGGAAGGGAUUCUCACGGACAGUCAUGUUCAAGAAAUAAAAUCCCAAACCACCACUCAGAGGAAAACCAUGAUGCUCCUUGAUAUUCUCCCCACCAGAGGACCCAAGGCUUUUGAUGCAUUCUUGGAUUCCUUACAGGAGUUCCCGUGGGUUAAAGACAAGCUGAUGGUGAAGCGUAAGGAAAUGACAGUACAAGAUCCUGCAGCUAUAACUGAAAUUGCACCAUGUAUUUUGAAGACUUCACCAACGGAUCAGCAGCUGAACAAGCUUGCGAGGAGACUGGGACCCGAAUGGGAGCAUAUAGUUCUGUGCUUGGGUUUGUCCCAUACUGACAUCUAUCGAUGUAAAGUCAAUCACCCUCACAACCUGCAGUCACAGAUCGUAGCUGCGUUUGUCCUGUGGAGACAGCGUUUGGGGAAAAAAGCAACAAUCCAAAGUCUGCAAGCCGGUCUGAUGGCAGAAGAAGUGGAUCCUUCUGUGAUACAGUACAUGCUUGAGUGAAGCCUUGCUAUUGAUUGGGAGCUUUCAAGUACGUCUUUAAAUUAAAUAAAGAGGAUUCAUGAAAAUGUAUGUUGAAGAUCUGAUGCCUCAAACUGGAAAAAAAUGGGGUUGGGAACUGUGGUUUUAUUAAGCUUAAACAUUCCAGUUUUCUGUGGCAUCUUGUGACUUGUAAUUCUUUUCAUGCCAGAUUAAUUUUUAGCAGGCAUUAAAAACUGGAUCACUCUUUCCUGUUCGCUUUUGUACUAUUCCAAUGGGGAUAUAGGGUGACACUUAAAGUCCUUGCAAGCAGGCGGCCCUGCAGUGAGUUCAGCAAGGUUUCUGGUUUCAUUGUGGCAGCAACACUUUGUUUAACCUAUUUUCUGGACUAUGUAAGGAGCCUUUUUUACUGCUGUUCCACACUAGUUCCCUGAUACCCCAGCAAGAAAUGAGAAUAAUCACUGUUACUAAUUUAACAAUUUUAUAGCAGUUAUUGCAGGUGGCUAAUUUCACAUUUAUAUAAGUUUUAGCACAUACAGUUUCUUGCUAGGAUAGAUGGCUGCCACCUUAGUCUGCCUUUGAAACCGGCCCUAAGUGGAAGUAACAGGAACCUAGUGUGCCUGUGAGGAUUUCUCCCACUACUAUUUAAUGGUGUAGGUUUCUGUAAGGAGACAGGCACCGUGUGUGUGUGCCAUCUCUUAGCAUAGCACGGGUGGGGAGUUCUCGGGGAAGACACGCAGUAGAAAAGUGACCAGAAGAUAGGCAGGAACAGGCAAACAGAGCAAGAAGGGACCUAAAAAAUGAGACAACUUCUAAGUUGUCCGUGUUUGUCUCCGCUAAUAAACUGGGAGACAACCUGGUGCCUGCUGAGUCUUUGUACUGUGCUCUGGAUCCAGGCAAUCUUGUUUCACAGAAGUUUUACUCUUAGGUCAAGUGUCCAUAGGCACCCUUCUCUGACCACCGCAUGCCCAACAGGGUACUGAAGUUUGCGGGUCCUUUCUGGUCAAGAUGAACUCCCCACUGCUCUCCUUCCAGCUUGUGCCAUCCACCAGGCUCAUUUACUUUCUACACUUUCUACACUUCUACACAGCUGCUUCAGCGCUCCUGUCCCCAGUUCUUUGCCAGCUAUAAUUGUACCACCAGUGAUGAUUAGAUUUUAUCCAGAAGAACAGUAAAGCUUGGGCUUUUCUCCUCCUUCCCUCCUGUCAAGAUUUUUUUCCUGCUGGAAGAAACCACUGAGGUUUUUGCUGGCCGGGUGAGUGGGGAUCAGUCCACAGGGUAUGUAUCCAAAGGCGAUGGAAGUGACCAGCUGCUCUCUAAGACCUGAUUAUAAGAGGCAGAAUAUGUUUUAAUUCUCCCUGAGCAGUUUGCAGUAAAUAAGGAACAAAGUUUGCAUACAGGGUUUCCAGGUCUAUUUAUGAGCAAGUUAUGGUAGACUGUUUCAUCUACAGAGUCAUUGCCAAGUAACUUCCCGUCCUACAAGAUCUGCCCCAUAUAAUUUAACAGCUUAACAGCCUUGUCAGAAGUCUUUAUUGGGGCAAGAAUGAACUUUACUACCUUUUUUUUUUUUUUUUAAUUCUUCCUAUACCUAGAUUUUGGAAGACAUUUGGGAAAUUAGGAAAAAGAGAUUUUAAGGAAAUCCUGUCUGCCUUGUUUUCCAGAAGCAUGGAAAAGGAAAACAUAUCCUGGCAGGAUCAGCUCCUGCAGGUCCCAAAUCAAUCUGGUGGUAUUUUGAUUUUAAUCUUCUGUAUACAGUUCUGACCUUCAGUAGAUUGUGAUCCUGUUAUACCUCACUCAGAUCUUAACUAAUCAUAUCCUAUUAUGGCUACUUACAGAGUUUAAGUCUAUCAACAAAUCCCAAAUAAACAAUGUAAAUCAA